AUGAGAACAGCAAUCGUUGUUUUGUGUGUGGUAGCUGGUGUGGCAGCAGUCCAGGUUGAAGUAGGCUCACACGGAUACCAACAACCUCAAGCCUUCGCACCCUUACCUGUAAAAGCAUACGACAUCGCACCGCUGCCACUGCCGUAUGUAGCCGCUAAACCAAUAGUAAUCGAAGAUGCUGAAGAAGAUGAUUCAACUUUAGAAGAUUCUGAUGAAGGUGAUGAUGAAUACCUCGGUCACGACGACGGUCAUGAGAGCGGGGCUGGUAAUGAUUACAAUGUCGAACAUCAUUCAGCUAACGGCGAAAAAGGAAGCAAAGGGCAUCACUCCAAAGGACACCACGAAAAGGGAGUAGCUGGACAUUACGGUAAACAACACAAAGAAGGAUCCUUCCAUGAAUCUGAAGGUGGCCAUAAAGCUCAUCAUGAUGAGGCCGACGCACAUGGAAAGCAUCACCAGGCUGGCGAAAGCUACAAAGGCGGGGACCACGGACACAAAAAACACUUCAGUAAAGGCGAAGAAAUAACUGGAUAUCACAAAGUAUUCAACAAGGACGAGUUCAAGAAAGACCAUGACUUCUAUGACGUAGCUGAUGACAGUGGAAGCUUCAAGAAACAUGGUUACAAUUCAGCCCAUCAUGGUUCAGAAGGCGGUGCUCAUAAAGAAGGUGGAAACGGGGAUUCAGGUUACAACAAGGGAGGUUUCGGAAAAGCUGGCUUCAAAUCCAAGGAUUACGUUGAUGAAGCUGAUUCUAGCCAUUCCAAGGAAGACGGUCAAGACAGUCAUUACAAACAUGGCGAAGAUUACGGUAAGAAAGCAGGCAGCCAUUACGAAAAGGAGUACGGCUUCAAUGACAGUGACAAAGAAGACGACCACUACGAAUGA